GUCUGCUGGGCCGAUUGGAUCAAGCUAAAGGUUGCUAGUCGGAUGAAAGGCGAGCGUGGAUUUGACCGGAUUGAGCUAAAGAGAAGGAUGGAUCAAUCGAAUCGAUGUCAAACUAGAGAGGAACGACCGCUGGAUGUGGAGGAGCAGCGGGAAAAGUGGGAUGACAAUGGGAAGCUCGGCUAG